GAGAGAGAGAGAGAGAGAGAGAGAGAGAGAGAGAGAGAGAGAGAGAGAGAGAGAGAGAGAGAGAGAGAGAGAGAGAGAGAAGUUUAGUCGGAAUGCCAAGCGACUGCACGUGUAGGCUUGCUUGCUGCCUGCUGGGGGUGGUGAGCGUCGUCAGGUGAGGUCAGGGUGAGCCAAAGAGUGACCCUGAAUAUCGCUCCUCAAGUUCUUGCACGCACGCUCAUUCGCCUUCCAGUGGCCUUGGGAAAGCAAAAUUUUUAUUCAUGAGGAUCCACUUAGUAUGCUGCUAUGUCAACCACUCCUGGACUUUGAAUAAUAAAAAUAGGUCUUCCCCGUCUCGUAUGUAUAUAUGCGUCGCUGUUAAUCGUAUUUCCGCGUUUGUUGGUCAUUCAUUCACUUAGCGGCGGAUUUCCGUGUACAGAUCGAGGCUUUGGGCUUACUUCCACGGUCUCACAAGCUCCAAAGGUCGGUAUUUCCUCACUCCACGCCUGUACUGGAUCAGCCUCAAGGUAUCGCCGCGGGUUUCACUUUAGAGAGAUAGUUUGAACGCACAAAACACACUAUAAAAGAAUCCAAAGCAAUAAUAAUACCGAGAUUACCUUCACUGAACACCUAGAAAUUGGUAUUAUAUUUAUCCCAUUCACAUCUGGGUCAGAACUUCAAACUGACUGGUUUUUCUUCACUUUUCUUGCAAGCACGUGGAUGUCCAGUGAGGUAACGCUUGUCUCCACUUUCUUUUGUUUUCUUUGCAGUGCGGCGUGUGAGGACUCGUGAAGAGAAGAAGCGACGAGAGGAGCCGAGCGGUGAAGUGAGCCAAGUUAGGAGCAGCAGCAGCAGGUAAAGAAGGAGGAGGAGGAGAAGGAGGAGCCGCGACGCACGUGUUCCUGUCGGCGGCGGGUCAGGAGUUAUGGUGGCCUGGCCGGGAGAGAUCGUGUGGUAAACUAAGGACUCCCCACCAGCCACCACCCUCGUCGCUCCUCAAGGCACUGCAGUCCAGGCACAUGUGGAUGAACAAUGAAGGGCCAAGUUUAUGCAGUUGUGUCAGGACUUUUGGCAGCACUGGCAAGCCUUUGUGGGAAGUAUGCCAUGGCCAGCACAGAGGCCCAGGACCUCUGUGAAGCGGCUCUUUUAGCUCUCUAUGGUGAGGAGGAAGUGUCAACAGCAAAUGGAAUCAAUACUACAUGUGAUCAGUACGCCAUAGUUCUGAGGGCGAUAUUCUUUGUGCUGAUGGUGGGUGUGAACUGUGUCAUGUGGACCACCUUCACAAAGGCUCUCCGUUUCUCCUCUACAUCUCUUGAGGCUACCAUCACCAACACAGCUGCCAACUUCUUUUUCACAGCAAUUUUGGGACAAGUAUUAUUUGGAGAGAUUGUCACAACCCUGUGGUGGAUGGGCACAGUCUUAAUACUAUGUGGGCUGCUUCUCAUGCACCAUGCCAGCAAUGUUCCUCCUCGCAAACCUGGAACGAGACCAAAAAUGCAUUAGGUUUCCAAUACUUAAGCCUGAACUUAGGGGCGUACGUGAAGUGUUGAACUUAAGGCUCAAAUAUAUGUAUCAGUAGGUUAACUUUACAGGACAGUAUCUUAUUCUACUAUAUUUAUUAUAUUACUGGACUUCUUCCAUUUCUUAAAAGAAAGAUAUGCAGCACAGUUACAUUGAUAUGAAAAGGAAAACUCUUGAUCUUAAAUAGGAUAAGAAAUUUAUGCAAUAGUCCAGGGAGUGUCCCAAUAGUUGUUUUCUCAUUCUCAAGUGGCUUUUGUUGUGAGAAAGUCAGGUAAAUGGUAAUAUGUGACCUUAUUGGCUCUGAAAUUCUGAUGUUAUUAAGAGUUUCCAUGUUAUGGAUUAUCUGAUACAUUUUUAUUAGGGAAUAUCUGAUUUAUUUUAAGUAAUUAUAAUCAGCACCACAAUCCAAAGCAAUUGCUAACACUAGUUGUCUCAGCAGUAAUUGGAGCAGAGGCACAGACAUGUCUGCUGUGUUGCGUUGUCCACAUUAGAGUUUAUGCAACUUGGGGCAUUUAGUGUUGGCAAAGCGACCAGAAACAUAAAUAUUUCUGACCUAGAAUAUACCUUUAUAUUUUUUAUAUGCAGUCUUUUAAGGACAGUCAUAACAUUAAGCCAUGAAAAUGAUUACUCAGCUGGUUUGUACAUAACUGAUGUACCUAAUUUUGUUUCACUUAAAUUAUAAGGUCAACACUCAGAAUUUCUUGGGGUGUGGCCUCAUACUAUAUGGUUAUUGAUUUAACCAGUUUUUAACCAAAGUAUUGUGAAUGGUAUUUAUUAGAUCUCACCUUUUCUGGUAACUGAUUCUAAGAACUCUCACCAUGGUGGCCACACCCACCAGAUCUUGUACAUACACUACAUUCCUUCGUACUUUUGUCUACGCAAACUUCCAUCCUUAAUUUUUAUCAAAUAUUUAUAACCAUGUGUAUAAUCAACAUGCUUUAGUCUUCUCAAGCUUCCACCCUCAAAAUUUUGCAAAUUUUCUGACAUUUUGCCUCAAACAUAAUGUGCCAUGAUAUAUCAGGGGUUUCAUGUUUCACAAGUAAUUGUUCCUUUUCCUUAUGUAUUUGGGUAUUUCGAAUGUUUAGUCACACACACACACACACACACACACACACACACACACACACACGUCCCGGUAGCUCAGUGGAUAGAGCGUCUGCCUCACAACCAGAAGGACCAGGGUUCGAUUCCCUGGCCGGGUGAAGAUAAGUUGGGUUUAUCUUCUUUCAUGUGUAGCCCCUGUUCACCUAACAGUGAGUAGGUACGCAACAUCAGGCAAGGAGUUGUAACCUCGUUGUCACGGUGUGUUGUGUGUGAGUGGUCUCAGUCCUACCCAAAGAUCGGUACUAUGAGCUCUGUGCUCUUCUGUACGGGAACAGCUGGCUGUCUUGAGAGAGACCCGCAGUAGACCAAGAGGUUAAUUACACACACACACACACACACACUGAGCAUAAGCCCCAGGUCCUGUAAAACUACAACUAGGUAAACACACACACACACACACACACACACACACACACACACACACACACCAGUUUUCCACACAGAAGCAUAACAACAUGAAACAGACUUGACGAGGAGACUGUGUGUGCAAAAACGAUUCAUGAAUUUAAAGCCAAACUGGAUAAUAAGCGUUAUGGAGACGGGACAGCACGAGCCUAGUACGGCUCUUUUCCUUUAUUUCACAACUAGGUAAAUACACACACACACACACAUGUAGUGCUGAUUUGCCUGAUGGGCGAGCCUCCCAUAACUCACUCCGCCAGAGGGGUACCUCUUUGGCCGACUGGUUAAGGAGUGGCUCUCCCGUCUCACUGGUUGCAGGUUCGAUCCCCGGCGCCGGCAAAUCUUUCCUUGUCUGGAUUAAUUUCUCGUGUGUUUCAUUACACGCUGUGGUCGUGUGGGAGUGUAGUAAGGAGUAAAUUCAGGCAUUUCACUGGUGGCAAGGCAGUGGCAUCCUCUCCUGUGGUUCUGUUGUGUCACCCCGAGAGGGUAACAGGUGGAGUGAUGGCCCAUGCUCUCCGAAGUUCAUAGAAAAUGGGAACUCAACAUACAGAAGUUAAUCUAAAUGGGAAUGGGGAGCCAUGUAGUGCUGACUUGCCUGAUGGGCAAGCCUCCCAUAACUCACUCUGCCAAGGGGGUACCUCUUUGGCCGACUGGUAAAGGAGUGGCUCUCCCGUUACGCUGGUCGUGGGUUUGAUCCCCAGCGCCGGCAAACCUUUCCUUGUCUGGAUUAAUUUCUCGUGUGUUUUGUUAUCCGCUGUGGUCGUGUGGGAGUGUAGUAAAUAGAAAAAUUCUGGCAUUUCACACACACACACACACACACACACACACACACACACACACACACACACACACACACACAUGUAAUGCCCUGGGAUCUGACAGGGGUUAACUCUCUUUUUAAUAAAUUGGAAAAUUAUUUAAUUAAUGAAUAUGGACAAGUUAAUAGGACUGAAUUGCUUACUCCCACGUGAUUGAGUGUGACUGACGAAGAUAGGACUGCCACCACCCCAGAAAUCUGUUAACUGAGCCACAGCUCAAUGGGGAGAAAUAAACUGAAGAAGACUGAAUGAACUGAACUACACUCAAUCACGCCGGGGUGAGGAAUUGAAAAAAAGUGACUCCUUGGGGUAGCGUGAGCCCUUAUUAGAACGGAGGGCGUGAGGCACUGUUUCCCGUGUGUUGUCUGGCCGAUCCAUUUCGUAACCUUGGGAUUAAUAGGGUUUCAGUGAAAACAAGAAAGAUACAGUAAUAUUAUAGUUAUACAAGGUUUACUAUAAUGAAUUUAUAACCUAUGUAAUACUAGUACCCUAUUAAUAAACCUUCGAAGCCCUUAGGAACGCUCACAAGGGGGUGAGACAACGAACUUGAAGCUUACAUUAGAUUACCUUGGAGGCCCUAUGGGACUGCUCACAAGAUCAUGAACAAAUGACUACAUACUGAUAAAGAAUUGGGCAAGGGAAGGGGUUGGGAAAAAUAUGUAUGUGUGUGGACGAGGCUGAUGCAGGCGAGUCACAAACGGGCAUGGAGUUGAAGAUGAGGCAGAGUGAGAGCGAUGUAAUUAUUCGUCACUAGACAUUUAUCAUUAUGAUGGCAGGAUGGAAUAAUGCACUGGGGAGAAGGGGGAGGAAUGGUUCACUGGGGUAAGGGGGGGGCGGUAAAUCAGUGAGCAACGGAGGCUGGCUUACCUGGAGUUGAAGUGGAGGCGGAGUGAGGCCGCCUUACAGUCACGGGCAUAAACAAAUUCUGUAGAGUGCAUAAGUUAGAGAGGGUGAAUGAGAAUAUAGAUAUGAGGUACAUAACAAAACUUUAUGAUGAAUAGAUAGAGGAAAAUUUACCAAUAGAAUGAAGACAACAAGAGUAGUGGUUUGAAUUUAUCAUUUUAAUAGUGAUGGUUAGGAAAUGAUCAUGAUUAUAUUUUGUUUAUAUAGCUACAUUCCAUAAAUCGUUCCAGCCUAGUUAUAUGUGAGUUUAUCAAACUAAUAUUCUUCAGUUACACCAAGUGAACAAAAAAAGCAAAUCAGGAAUCAAACCCAGGCAAAUAAAUGUCUAACAUGAAAAGAAUAGAAAUGCCAAGGUUACUAAAUUAUUUUUGUAUGAAUAUAUAAUAAGAUUGAAAUUAUAGGACAAUUAAAUGGCACAAUAAUGUCAGAAAAUUGUAAACUUCAUUGGUUUUAGACACUGUGAAGAACUUUUGGGUGGUUUAACUGAUUUUGUAGUUCAUCAAUAUGAUUUGAAAACUUGAAAUGACAAACACUAUUUGUUACCUAAGUCAAGUGAAAGAGCAAACUGGCAAAUUUGGUUAUUUGGGUGAGUUGCAAACUGGGAAGUUGUAUAAUUUUGUAUGUUACCUUAAACAGCAUGAAUACUGAAAUGUUCUUUAUACUCUCUUGUCUGUUGCUUUAUUUAUUUUUAAUUUUUGAUUUUCUCCAAAUUUUCAGUUUUAACUUUUAAGGAAGUGAUGUUAGAAUAUAAUUUAAAUACACAAAUUUGUAAAUUUUCUCAAAACAUGUCACAAAGUGGUGUUUUCUACAAUACAUGACAAUUUUUUAAACAUCCAUUGUUCUUUUAUAAAAAUAGAUGAUAAAUUCAUAUCUUUUUGUAUCAGAGGAUCAUCAAACAAUACUUAUUCCUCUAUAAAAUGACUGUAAAAUUUCAUAUGUUUGUAUUACAAUAACCAAUAUUUCUUUUUAUAGUAGGUGAACCAUAGUAAACUUUAGUUAGUAAUGCUAGGGACCAUUAUUUCUCAGACCAACUAAAAUAAGUACAAUUGAAUUUUUCACCAGAUCAGUAUUUUCUGCUGUUACCAUUAGUGUUUGGUGAAUUCAUUGUUUGAACUUUACUGGUGGCACUUUAUUUGACAAUUGGCCACAGAUGUGUAUCUCACCAUUGCUUCCUAAAAGAGAAUGAAAUCAACAGGUAAAAGAUAACAUUGGAGCACUCUCAUGCCAUGUUAACUAAGAAUGGAGUGAAAAAAUUAAAUUGUUGUUGGCAGUCUGUGCCAGCAAGAUUGUGUUCCAUAGGGGAUUACAGAUGUUUUUCAAGAAGUCAGAUUACAAUACAUCAUAAAGCUGCAAGGUAAUGAAUGUUCCAGUGAUAUACUGAGAUCACAGUUGGCCUCAUAUCCCAAGUAAAAGACCUCCACCUGCAAGGGCUCAGAUGACAAGGAGACAGACAUGAGUACUGUACAGUUCAUCCUCAUACUUUGCAAGAAAGUAGUCGACAUAAUGCCUCACAAAGUGCAAAAUCACAUAGUGCAGACCAAAAAUAUGUUUGCAGUGUAUAUGGUGGACACCUCAUCCAGUGUCCACAUUUUUCACAAUUUUUUUCCAGCAUGCCCCUUUAUUUUACAACUAUAAUUUACACACACACACACAAGACCAAACCUAAAUGCCUAAAUGACAUACCUGUGGGUUAUAUUUUUCCUGUGGGGUUUGCAAACUAGGAAUUUUCAAAGUGCAAGGAUGGACUGUACUAUGUGACAGCAUAGCAAAUUUUGAAAGUUAGAAAAUAAAAGCAGUAUACUUAGUGCAGCCAAAUGUCCUACCAGACACUGCCUUUACAAGUUUACAUAUAUUGUCAUUAAUUAGUAAGUAAUUUUUAUUAAGAGAGUUUUAUAACCAUAAAGGCUGCAGCUACUAUUUUGUACCCUCCUGCAGCCAGUUACUAUGAUUGUGAUUAUAGUCCAAGGAUGGAAUAUAGAGAAACAAGAGAAAUAUAUAUCAUUUGUGCUGUAGUACACUACCAUACUGAAGUACUAAUGUGCACCAUUGUUCUAGUCCUAGUGCAAUGUAGAUGUACUCUGUGUAGCAUUUAUUAGAAUGUGAAAAAUAUCAAUGUGUUGCUAAGUCCUUACAGCAGUUGUACUUACCAUAUGUGUUUCAUAACAAUUUGUGAAUCUCAGAAAUUUUAAUAGAUAUUUUAUUGAGACUAUUUUGAAGCAUAUCAAAACAAAUGGCAAGGUUAAACUGAUCUCUGAAUUAUUCCGUACUAAUGAGACACACUUGAACACAUCCUAACCAUACAUUGAUGAAAAGUGAAACUUCUAUUGAUGAGCUUGUCAGUAACACAGAAACUGUGACUUUUAUAAUCUUGUUAAUGCUUGGGUAUGUACUGCCUUACUGUUUCAGCAGAAUCUCUGCAGCUUACCUUUUAUCAAUGGUUGUAUCUCCCCUUCUAUUCAUUAUUCAGCAUCAUUUAUGUGGCUGCUGUCACAACCAGCUUCAGAGAACCAAACACUGAAUCCUCAGUAGAGCAGCGUCUCUUUUCAAUCAGUCUUUAAGGUUUGUAUUGCUAUGCAAAAUAUUACCCACUCUACUUUUGUGAUGCUGACCUUAUCAUUGCUUUUUUUUUUCUUUUUUUUUCCCAUUCCAAAUUAUGCCCCUUGUAGUAUGUGAAAUUAGAUGUCUGUAAAGUAUAUUUUUAUUACCUUUUUAAUCCAAGAAACAUGCCAUAUAAAAGGUAGAAUAUACUACUAGUUAUGAUAGAAUUUUAUUUACAACAGGUGCUGCACCUUAAGGUAAUAGCAUUUUAUUGUAUGUCUGAGUACUUUGUUGAGUAAUGCAUACACACAAUAUUACGUUGAAAUCACAUGGAAUUAAUAGGGCUUUAGGUCUUAUUUUGUAGUAGAGUGUUAUAUUGCCUUGGUAGACUGUUGAACAAGUUUUGAUUCAAAUUUUACUGUAUGCAUGCUGAUCAUCACAUUUCAAAAAUAUAUGCAUCAUAUAUUGG